AUGCAAACUAUCAUUAAAUUAGCUCCUCGAACUUUAGUUCCAGCUUUGUCACGAUGUUCCAAACAUACUUUACCUGAUCUUCCAUAUGACUACAAUGCUUUGGAACCAAUUAUAUCUGGUGAAAUUAUGAAACUUCAUCAUCAAAAACAUCAUGCUACAUAUGUUAAUAACCUCAAUGUAGCUGAAGAAAAAUACAAUGAUGCUAAAGCUAAAAAUGAUCUUAACACAAUGAUUCACCUUCAACCAGCGAUCCGUUUCAAUGGAGGUGGUCAUCUAAAUCAUUCAAUAUUCUGGCAAGUUCUUUGUCCAAAAGAAGGAGGUAAUCAACCAAGUGGUGCUCUUGCUGAUCAAAUCAAGAAAGAUUUUGGUUCGUUCGAUAAAAUGGUAACACAAUUAUCAAAUGCAAGUGUUGGCGUACAAGGCAGUGGUUGGGGUUGGCUAGGUUUUAACAAACAAGAACAACGUUUACAAGUUGCAACUUGUUCCAACCAAGAUCCUUUACAAGCCACAACCGGUCUCUUACCUAUCUUUGGUAUUGAUGUCUGGGAACAUGCUUAUUAUCUUCAAUAUAAGAAUGUUCGUGCUGAUUAUGUCAAAGCAAUUUUUCAAAUUGCAAAUUGGAAAAAGGCGGAUGAGCUUUUUCAAAAAGCAAAAUAA